GGGGGGGAUAGACUCCACCAAAGCCACUCAGACCAGUUUUCUGGCCCAUCCCAAUUUCAUAUUUGAGUCUCUCCUUGUUCUUUUGUCAAAGCUCCGCCCAUCAUCCUCUUAGUGCAAGCAUGAGGGAAUAUAAACUCGUCGUCCUCGGAUCUGGUGGUGUUGGAAAGUCAGCAUUGACCGUCCAGUUUGUUCAAUCAAUAUUUGUGGAAAAGUAUGAUCCAACGAUCGAAGACUCGUAUAGAAAACAAGUCGAGGUGGAUGGACAGCAGUGCAUGCUGGAGAUUUUGGAUACGGCUGGUACCGAACAAUUUACCGCUAUGAGAGACUUGUACAUGAAAAACGGCCAAGGCUUCAUACUUGUAUUCUCCAUCACAAGUAUGGUGACUAUGAACGAUCUGUAUGAAUUACGAGAGCAGAUUUUGCGGGUCAAAGAUACUGACAACGUUCCGCUGGUGCUGGUUGGUAACAAGUGCGAUUUGGAAGACGAGCGCAUGGUGUCCCGAGAACAAGGCAUGAUGCUCUCACAACAAUGGGGCGGUAAACCGUUUUAUGAAACGUCAGCCAGACAAAAGAUCAACGUUGAUGAAGUGUUUUACGAUCUUGUCAGACAGAUUAAUCGACAGAUGCCAGCCAGAGAUAAGAGCAAAAAGAAGUUCAAGUGCCUUAUCCUUUGAUACCAUCGGAGGUCUCCCCCCCCCCCAAAAUUCCCGCCUAUUCUACGUGCUAUCCUAACAAAAUGCGAAUGUUUUGAUUUUUGCUGACCUUUUUGGCUAUUACCCUCUCGCGUUUUUUCUUUACUGUCAGUCAUAUCAUGUACUCCCUCCCUCACGUUCAUAAUGUUUCUCCCACCGUUCCUUUCAUGCUGUUGUUACUGUCCCCCCCCCCAUUUUUCGUGCGUACCAUGACUGCUCGAAUCCUAGCGGUUCUCUCCCCACUGUCAGGUUAUACUAUUCUAUUGCAAACAAAAUAAAACUUGCCGUGCCAAUGGCAUGACAUGGCAAAGGCACCUUAGCACCUUCAUCAUUGAUAGUGUCCUGAGGCAGGGGCGCCCCGCUUGGGGGGCUAGACAUGGAUACCAUGGCUAUAAAAGCCAGAGUUGACGUACAAAAACAU